CAAGUUUGAGCCCAAAAUUCAGAAAUGGCAGUGUGAAUAAUGUGACAGGGGAAAAUGUCUGCGAAAGAAACCAUAAAGAAAAAGAAAAGAAAAAAAUCCCACAUCUCUAUUGAAUUUUCGUCUGGAGCCCCCCAGGGUGAGGGUGGACUGGGGGUCUGUGGAGGGACAUGGUGUCUGGAGUCUUCAUUGCAUUGUGGGUGUCAGUAUAAGUGACGCCAUAUUUGCCGGUGCCGCCGCUGUAAACAACAAAAAGUGUCUGAGGGAGACCGACAAGAGACGCUUCAGUGGAUUUCAGGACAUUUUAUUUGUUGUUGUGGGUGAUUUGCUCUCCUCUCGGCAGUCAUGUCUCUGGGAAUGUCUUACAAGCCCAACCUGAACGCACAGCUCCACGGGAACCACGGGGCUCCGGCUGUAAGUGCACAUUCUCCUUCUACUAGCAUGGCAUCAUCUGCACAAUACAGACAGCUGGUGAACGAUUAUGGUCCUCCAUCUUUAGGAUAUACCCAGGGCACUUCUAUUAAUCAGGCACCUCAAAGCAAGUAUGCUGAACUCCUUGCCAUCAUAGAGGAGCUAGGUAAAGAAAUUAGACCAACGUAUGCUGGCAGUAAAAGUGCCAUGGAGAGAUUAAAACGAGGAAUCAUCCAUGCAAGAGGUUUGGUACGAGAAUGUUUAGCUGAGACAGAGCGAAACGCCAGGUCCUAGCCAUGCAAAUGCCUGCCUCUCUGAAGCAUACAAAGCUAAUUCUGGAUUCUUUUUUUUUUUUUAAACUUCAGGGCAGUCUUUCUGAAUAUUUAGCCAGUGGGGUUCACUAACUCUGGGGAUCCCUGUAAUGUACUGUAAAGCUGCUAAACACAAGAUGCAAUUUUUACCUAGCAGACAGAAUUUCCAUGUACAGUAAAGUAUUUAAGGCUCUCUGGUUCUUUUUCUAAGAGUCCAAGGAAAUUCAUGAUUCCUUGGAACAUAAGCUACCAUACAGGUGAAACUCAAAAAAUUUGAAUAUCAUGCAAAGUUCAUUUAUUUCAGUAAUACAACUUAAAAUGUGAAACGAACAUAUGAGAUAGACUUUACAUACUAAGUGAGAUAUUUCGAACCUUUAUUUGUUAUAAUUUGGAUGAUUAUGGCUUACAGCUUAUGAAACCCCAAAGUCACAAAUUACCCUUUGCUUAGGUGGUAUGGAUUCAGGGCCGUCUUUAAUAUUGAUUGGACCCUCUGCAAAAAUUUACUUGGGCCCCCUGGAUCCCGCCUUCCCACACCUUAGCAGGCAAUCACGCCCUCCACCGCAACACACACACAA